UGGCAGCUUCCUGCACCGCACAGUCGCCUCUACAGAACGAGCAUUACCACAACGCAAAGACUAACAGCGUUCUUAUUCUGCCCUUCACAGGCUUCCGUAGACAUUUCCCCCUAUUCUCCAGUAGUCUGCGGCUCUGCCAUCUGUGGUGAGAAGUACCCGUGGGCAGCUAUAUUAUCAAAGCCAUGGAGCAGAUCAAUAAUAUUCAGGUGGUUCCGUGCACCAGCUCGAACUAUCUGAGACCGUUUAGGGUGCAUUAUAACCAGAAUGGAACAAAGAAGUCCUGGGACUUUAUGCAAACCCAUGAUAGUGUCUCUGUGCUGAUUUUCAACACCACCUCACACUGUUUCAUCCUGGUCAAGCAGUUCCGCCCAGCUGUAUACAUGAGCGAAUGGGAGCGGAGCAAACCGAAACCCCUGCAACCUGCGGAGGAAGAGUCAGCGGAAGCCGCACCAGCAGAACCUAAAGUCCCGGAAGAGGACAAAGCAGGAGAGACGAGCGAAGAUACAUCAAGCCACCAACCUCCUGCUUCGGCGGGUGUGACCUACGAGCUGUGCGCAGGAUUGGUGGACAAACCCAACCUCUCUCUGGAAGAGAUUGCCAGGCAGGAAGUACUGGAAGAGUGCGGCUAUGAUGUGCCAGUCACCAAGCUGAGAAAGAUCACAUCCUACAGGUCAGGAGUCGGAGUGACCGGAUCGAAGCAGACCAUGUUCUACGCGGAGGUGUCCGAUGAGAAUCGCGUCGGAGAGGGAGGAGGUAAACCCCAAGAGGGCGAAUUGAUCGAGGUGGUCAAAGUUCCCCUUCACGAAGCCAUGACCUUCGCCUUUGAUGAAAGCAUCCCGAAAACGAUGGGUGUCAUUUUUAGCUUCAUCUGGUUCCACAGCAACAUGUCUCCGAAGUACAAGAUCUCCACCAACGUGUAACGUAACGGUUCCAAGCCAUCCAGACAUACAAGUCAUUGCGUACAUUUUUAUAUAUAGUAAUCAAAAUGGUCACUAACUGUUAAUUAUUUUGCUAUUUCUUACACUUCGAUCUGUUUGUUGUGGUUCUAGCUAUUGUCUUAUUUCAAACUGAAGCAGCACUUGGUGUGCCAGAGGUUUAUUGUGAGUUUGUUUUGUGUAACUGAAUGCUUUGUUUUUAACAUGCCAGGAAUUUCAGCCAGCCAUUUGAAAUCACACCACGGCCCUUAAAGACUUUGUAAUGCUGAUCUGUUCCACUCUGAUUUGAGAGGGUAAGAUCUGAAACAGCGUGUUGAUAUACCAUCAGAGAGAGAAUCUCAGUCCCGGAUCGUUCGUGAUUGAAGCUGUACUUUGGUCAGAAAGUGAGACCUCUAGCCAUAUUCCCGCCAAUUUUGCAGGCAGGCCGUUUAGAAGAAUGACAUACAUUUUUAAAUAUAACUAAGCAAGUAAAUAAUCAUAAAAUUAAAGGGAUAGUUCACCCAAAAAUAUCACAUUGUGAUACUCUUGUAAACGCACGGCGAAGACUGACACGGAAAAGAAGAAAUUGUUGAAUAAAGUUAUUUUUGUUCUCGCAGCUUCAUAAUAUUAAAGGAGAAGUCCACUUCCAGAACAACAAUUUACAAAUAAUUUACUCACCCCCUUGUCAUUCAAGAUGUUCAUGUCUUUCUGUCUUCAGUCGUGAAGAAAUUGUUUUUUGAGGAAAACAUUUCAGGAUUUUUUUCCAUAUAAUGGACUUCAUUGGUGCCUCGAUUUUGAACUUCCAAAAUGCAGUUUAAAUGCAGCUUCAAAUCUAGCAAAACGAUUGGUAAUUUUUUUCGGCACAGGCUCUGGGGUGCGUGUUUACGUACUAUUGAAUCACGUCGAAAGGUCAUGCGGAACUACAGACCCAGUGUUUACAAAGCGAACGCACAAAGACUAAGAAAGCACAAGUAAGGUACAACAAAAAGGUACAAUAAUGUCAGACAAUUGUGAAUUUGUUGGGGAAAAUAAAAUGGAGUUUUUCGACAUACUCUUCUUUUUUUAGCCAGAGUACACAGACGAUGAACUCAGACAUGAUUCGUAGUAGUGAUGGGAAGUUCGGAUCAUUUUACCGACUCUGACCAUUGAGUCUCGUUCAGCAAAAUGAAUGAAUCUCGAGUCAUUUUGUUCAUUUUAGCAAAAUCAGCAUCACUAAUUCCAGUACAGAACCUAAUAGGAUGUUGCGCAUGCACGACUGAACGAAUCACUCCCCGAGUCACAUUAAAGAUUUGUUCAAAAUGAAAGAAUCGUUCAAGAACAACCCGUGAAUGUGCAUCCCAGAGCCUGUGCAACAUGAGCUUUUGUGCUUAAAAAGUACACAAAUUUUUAUUUUUCGAAAACAAUGACCGAUCGUUUCGCUAGAUAAGACCCUCCUUCCUCAGCUGCGAUCAUUUAGAGCCCUUUGAAGCCACAUUUAAACUACAUUUUGGAAGUUCAAAAUAGGGGCACCAAUGAAGUCCAUUAUAUGGAAAAAAAAUCCUGAAAUGCUUUCCUCAAAAAACAAUUUCUUCACGACUGAAGACAGAAAGACAUGAACAUCUUGGAUGACAAGGGGUUGAGUAAAGUAUUUCUAAAUUGUUGUUCUGGAAGUGGACUUCUCCUUUAAGGUUGAACCACUGGUGUCACAUGGACUAUUUUAACGAUGUCCUUGCUACUUUUCUGAGCCUUGAACAUGUCAGUGCUGUCUAUGAAGGGUCAGAAAGCUCUCGGAUAACAUCAGAAAUAUCUUGAUUUGUGUUCUGACGAAGAACGAAGGUCUCACGGGUUUGGAACGACGUGAGGGUGAGUAGUUAAUGACAAAAUUGUCAUUUUUGUGCGAACUAUCCCUUUAAUGUGAAUUAUGUGAACAACACACAGGCAGCUACACUAAUGAGAAAACUUAAGAGCCACUUCUUAUAAAACAAUCAUUGACAAAGAAAAACAAUUUCAUAUAUCUCAGGUCCAAAGCUGACUUUGGCACAUUCAGGGUUAGUGAUGAUGCUGAAAAAUACUGAGAUGUUUUUUAUUGCCGCUUAACGUUAAGUUGAUCUUCUGAGUGUGUGUUUUGCACAGAAUUUAUUUAUGAAAUAUCUACUACAAAAACCUAAAGUGUGAGUACAGUGCUAGUGCUACAGGUUUAAAGCUGCUUUGCCAUAAUCAUAAUCAUAACUCUAAUGUCGUUCUGAAUUCUUUCAGAACUUACGGAAUAGACUACAUUAGGGGUGCAUGAGCUUGCCUGCUGAAGUUAAAAUAGAAAUUAAUAUUUUCCAAAUACCACGUAGUGUCAGAGGACUGGUACCUCCUAAAGUCACAGCAACAAAAACUAGUGGCUUUCUGAAAUCCCUUAAAUACGAUACUUGAAAAUCAUUUGUAAUACCUGUGCGGUUUACUGUAUGAAUAUAUAGGGUGAUGACUAUAAAUGCUUGAAUAUAAUCAGUAUACCUUCAGUUUUCUCCAAGAUACCUCCAAAACUUUGAGAGGCUGCUUGCAACUUUUUAUUAAGGUGAGCUGAAGCUUUCUGAAUCAGAUUGUCGCUCUGUUGUAGUUUAGUUCAGAUUCUCUAAUGCACAAAGCGUUCACUAGUUUCAUUUCAAUCGAUCAAUUAAUCAGUCGAUAGUUUUUUCUAUAUCUUGCUUAAUUAUUUUGUGAAGGAUAUUGAAGUGCACAAACGUGUUCUUGUCAUGACGACUAUCACUACAAUGUUAAAUAAUAUUGUCAGCUGAUUGGAGCAUUUUCCUUUGUCCUAUCACUGUACUCUGUAGUCUAUAUUCUAUUGUGAUUGAGUGUUAUAACUUUAUCGCUACAUAUGCUCAAUGUGCAAAUUCACAAAUUACCAUGUUCGUAUAAUCAGUCGAAACGAGUGGAAAAAGACAAAGAGGUUUGGUUUGGUCCACAAUGGGAGUGUUUUUAACUUCAAGCACUCCUUUUAAAGUAUGCAAAUGAGACAUUUAAGAAUUAUGCAUUUGUUUUGGAAGUAUUAUUUCAUAUCACAAUGCCUCAUAUAUAAUUUCCUCAUUUUCGUAAUCUCUUCUUAUGAAAUAAACUUUGAACUUGUUUGAGUGUUUUGUACGUUUAUCUCAGGAUAGGGCUUGAUUUCUUUUCAAAAUGAAUAAAUUGUUGAUUUCUUGUCAUGUGCCACUGUUACUAAUGCUUGAUUUUCAGACUCAGUAUUUCAAGAGAGGUGUUCACUACUGUAUUUAUAUCUCUUUUUUUUUUUUUUUUUUUUUGAUCUCACAACAUUUGUUUACUGAUUGUUUUCAUUUAUGGCACCUCGAAUGAAUAUAUAUAUAUUUCAAAUAUAUAUAUAUAUAUAUACAAUUAAGUAUCUUUUGACAUUUGAAAAUAUAUAUAUAUAUUUCAAAAAUGAAAUAUUGCAUGUGCACUCUGUAUUACAUUGAUCUGCAUUCAGUUUAAAUGAAUAAAAAGGUUACUGCCUUA